AUGCCGAAUUUCUAUACCGAAAACAUUUCAACCAACCCUCCACAAGUCGAGUUUCGUGUGAGCUCGGCUGGCUGUCGGUCACUUUGUCAAAGUCUGACGACAACACCCACAAUCCAAGACGUCCUGCUCCUUCGCCCCCAUCACUGCCCUCGAAACCGACGCUUGGACGGACGCUUGGAUGCACAAAACCGAGCAAUAAACCAUCCUGCUCCACUCUCACGAGCAGUCAAGUGGCCGGAUCAGCUUCUGUCGUCCGAGGCCCGUGUGGCCGACUCGGCCUCGUCUCCAACCGCCCUCUGUCUCCAUGACGCAGGCCGGACACGAAGACAUGUUGCCAGGUGCCUCUUAACCUGUGCCAUUUGUGCCACUGUUCAGCUGUGCCGGUCUCGAUUCGCACCUGACUACACCAGCACACACACACACACACACACAAACACAAUGGGCUGGUGUUGCACCUCUCGUUCUGGGCCCGGUCUGACGACCUCGUACGAAGACGUCAGCCUCGUUGGCUUCUUUGCUCAAAACUGUACUACCGUCGGACUCAUACGGUUCGUCCGAGCAGAACCGGUCUUUUGUGCAUUAAUUGACGCCCGAUCUGAAGUCGCCAACUUCGCCCUCGACGACCUCGACGACCUCAACGACCCCGACGACCUCGACGACCUUGUCGACCCCGACGACCUUGUCGAGCUGUAUGUAAAGCAGCCAGCAGAGGCGCCAAAUCUGAUCAAGUCGGUAAGGCCAGGUCCCGUGGGCCCUCAUUCCCAACCCUUUAACCGGACUCAUUCCCGCCUCACUCGCCAGAUCGUGUUUGUUGUGCGCAUGGGCUUUUCUGUCCAUCUCAGUCGGCCAGGGCUGGCUACUAGCUCGCCUCCCUCGACGACCGGUUGUUGUAGAAGAGUUGGUGGGAGUCGGCGAGUCCGUUGCCGGCGUGUCGAGGCAAGAGGCGGCUUGAAGAAACUUCUCGCAAGCGUCAGCAGUCCGUCUCUUUUUCCGAUCUGCCUCGGGAAGAAGCGAUCGACGAGGCGGUUGGAAGCACGACGCCAACGCCAAAAGUGUAAGUCUGAAUCUAAAAGGGGCCGAGCGUCCUCUGGCCGAUUCGAGCGAGAGAAUGGGGUUCGCGAAUUGGCUGUUGUCACGGUUAAAUUGUGA